AUGAUUCAAGGCAUAUUCUACGCAAGAUUCUUUCCCCAGGAAGGCCCCAAAAUCGUCGCCCAGUCGCCAGCCGGGUGCAUCACGCCUGUCGAGAGCUCUACCAAAGCUCCCCUCAUCGACUUCGACGUCCUGCAAGAGUACAUCAUCCCGCGCCAGGCCUUCUGCAACCGCUACCUGACCAUCAACACACCCGAUGGCAAGUACGCCGUCCUGGGCUAUCCCGUCGUUAUCCCCCACACAAAGUACCUCCGCAAUGAGUUCAUCUUCAACUUCGGCCUCGUUCUCGAUGCCGACGAGGACCAGAUGCCCUAUGAACGCGUUGUCCGCCGCCUGGCAUCCACCUUCUCCGAGAUGGAGAAGCAGAAUGAGUACCUGAGCCAGAACGAGGGGAGAGGCUGCGGUCCUCUUGGCUGCGGCAUUGGGGGCGGCGGGAGACGACCCAUUGAUAGUUUACUCCAGAUUGUCAAGGAGGACUUGGAUACCUACGGGGAGUGUAUGAUUCCCGUUGACGAGGCCAACACCAUCAACAUGAAGCUAUUCCCCCACCACCCCCAGCCCCCCGUCGUCAAAGGCUGGCACGUCCCGGUCCCCAAAACCAAGCUUACCGAAAUCGUCGACCCGACCUGGGACCUCACCCUACAAAGGGUCAUCUCCCAUAUCGACGGCGUCUCCGACGUCCGCCGUAUCGCCCACGCCGCAAAUGUCUCACUCGACCUCGCCAAGACGGCCCUCCGCCACCUUCUCUACUACGAUACCAUCCUCCUCCUUGACAUGUUCUUCUUCGGCGCCUGCUACGCACUGCGCCCGGGCAUUCACGACUUCAUCGGAAACGUUGAUGGCAUGGUCGACGAGUGCGCGGCCUACGUAUCCCACGGCCGCGGGCGUGUUAGCAACUACCACCUCAUCAAGCUCAUGUCCACCUUCGUACAAGGGCGCACCAUCAUGGAGUGGCUCAAGGGCCACCAGGAUUCCGGCUUCGAGGUCCUGAGGUAUGUCGAUGUCCGCCGGUUCGUCCAAUUCGGCAUCAUCAAGGGCUGCCUCUACCGCGUACACAAGUACGUCGUCUCAAAGCAGUACCUGGCCGCACUGGCAUCCGGCCAGAGCCGUCCGAUGUCGGGAGGGGAUCCUCUGCAAAAGUACACGGAUGGGUGUCACCACUUUGAACAGAUCAUCACGGAGCAGAACCUCACAGAAAGCGAAAUCAUGGAGAAGCUCAAGGCGCUACCUGUUCCUAAAGGCGACUUGACUGUCCUUUACCAAUGA